AUGAGACCUGCCACUAAGGAGCUUACUAAAAGUUGUCAGAUUAAUGAUCUACAGGAGAACAUUGCAAAAACAAUAAAACAUACAGUUGUAGUAGCCACAAUAUUGUUACAGAAGGAGCAACAGAAUCAGCAACAGUAUCAACAGUAUCAAGCAGCAGGAACAGCAGCAGCCACAAUAGUGGAAACAGCAACAGGAGCAGCAGGAGCUAGAACAAUUGAAGCAGCAGGAACAUCAGAAGCAGCAGCAGCGGGAGCAGCAGCAGCAACAACAAUAGAAGCAGCAACAAUGGAAGCAGCACCAUCAACAACAGUAGAAGUAGCAGCUGGAGCAGCAGCAGCAACAACAGUAGAACUAGAAGCAAAAGUAACAACAGCGGAACCAGCAGCAGGAUCAGCAGCAGCAGCAGCAGUAACGACAACAGUGGAAGCAGCAGCGGCAGGAGCAUUAACAACAACAGUGGAAGCAGCAGAAGGAGCAGCAGUAGCUUCAGUAGGAGUAACAUCAGUAGCAGGGGCAGCAGCAGUAACAACAACAACAGAAGAAGCAGGUGCAGUAGCGGCGACAGAAAUAGCCGCAACAACAGCGGAAGCAGCACCAGGAGCAGCAACAGCAGUGGAAGCAGUAGCAGGAGCAACAGUAGCGGGAAGCAGCAGCAGCAUCAACAGUGGAAGUAGCAGAAGCAGCAGCAGUAACAACAACAGUGGAAGCAGCUGGAAGCAGAAGCAGCUUCAGCAGGAGGAGCAACAGCAACAACAACAGUGGAAGCAGCAGGAGCACAGAAGGAGCAGCAGCAGCUUCAGAAGGAGGAACAACAGCAGCAGCAGGAGCAGCAGCAGUAACAACAACAGUAGAAGCAGGCGCAGCAGCGGCGGCAGAAACAGCCGCAACAACAGCGGGAGCAGCACCAGGAGCAGCAACAACAGUGGAAGCAGUAGCAGGAGCAGCAGUGGCAGCAGCAAUAGUGGAAGCAGGAGCAGCAGCAGCAAUAAGAACAGUGAAAGCAGCAGCAGGAGCAGCAAAACAGUAGCAGAAGAAGAAACAGCGGCGGCAGAAACAACAGUCGCAACAACAGCGGAAGCAGCACCAGGAGCAGCAACAGCAGUGGAAGCAGUAGCAGGAGCAGUAGCAAUAGUGGAAGCAGGAACAGCAGCAGCAAGAACAGUGGAAGCAGCAGCAGAGCAGCAAAAGCAGGAGCACAGUAGCAGAAGAAGAAACAGCGGCGGCAGAAACAACGUCGCAACAACAGCGGAAGCAGCACCAGGAGCAGCAACAGCAGUGGAAGCAGUAGCAGGAGCAGUAGCAAUAGUGGAAGCAGGAACAGCAGCAACAAUAAGAACAUGGAAGCAGCAGGAGCAGAAACAGCAGCAACUACAACGGAAGCAGCAGAGCAAAACGAGCAGCAGCAUCAACAGUGAAGCAGCAGCAGCAACAGUGGAAGCACAGCAGCAGAGCAGCAACAACAACAGUGGAAGCAGCAGAGGAGCAACAGCAGUUCAGCAGGAGAGCAACAGCAACAACAACACAGAAGGAGCAGCAGCAGCUUCAGAAGGAGGAACAACAGCAGCAGCAGGAGCAGCAGCAGUAACAACAACAGUAGAAGCAGGCGCAGCAGCGGCGGCAGAAACAGCCGCAACAACAGCGGGAGCAGCACCAGGAGCAGCAACAACAGUGGAAGCAGUAGCAGGAGCAGCAGUGGCAGCAGCAAUAGUGGAAGCAGGAGCAGCAGCAGCAAUAAGAACAGUGAAAGCAGCAGCAGGAGCAGCAAAACAGCAGCAGAAGGAGCAGCAGCCGUUUCAGCAGGAGACAGCAGCAGCAAGCAGGAGCAGCAGCAGUAACGACAGUGGGAGCAGCAGGAGCAGCAGCAACAACAGUAGAAGCAGCAGCAACAACAACAGUGGAAGCAGCAGCAGCAGGAGCAGAAGCAGCACCAACAGCAACAACAGUGGUAGCAGCAGGAGCAGAAACAGCAGCAACUACAACGGAAGCAGCAGCAGAGGAGUAACAGCAGCCUGCAGGAGCAGCAGCAGUAACAACAACAGUAGAAGCAGGAGCAGCAGUAGUAACAACAGUAGAAGCAGUUGCAGCAGCGGUGGCAGAAACAACGGCAACAACAGCGGAAGCAGCACCAGGAGCAGCAACAGCAGUGGCUGCAGUAGUAGGAGCGGCAGUAGCAGCAGCAAUAGUGGAAGCAGGAGCAGCAGCAAUAAGAACAGUGAAAGCAGCAGCAGGAGCAGCAGCAGCAGCAGAAGGAGCAGCAACAGCUUCAGCAGGAGGAGCAACAGCAACAACAACAGUGGAAGCAGCAGAAGGAGCAGCAGGAGCAGCAGCAGUAACAACAGUAGAAGCAGGUGCAGCAGCGGUGGCAGAAACAGCGGCAACUACAGCGGAAGCAGCAACAACAGUGGAAGCAGUAGUAGGAGCAGCAGUAGCAGCAGCAAUAGUGGAAACAGGAGCAGCAGCAGUAGCAAUAAAACAGUGAAAGCAGCAGCAGGAGCAGCAAUAACAACAACACCGGAAGCAGCUUCGAAUUCUAGACUUUUAUUUUGCAUAUUCAAAACCCGUAAAUCUAUACCUUCCAUCGGCUCAGGGCCGACGUGCACUCCACCUCGGACAUUAAAAACCACGCUACUGGGAACAGCAGAAGGAGCAGGAACAACAACAACAGUGGAAGCAGUAGCAGCAGGAGGAGCAGUAGCAGCUUCAGCAGGAGGAGCAACAGCAACAACAACAGUGGAAGCAGCAGGAGUAGCAGCAUCAACAGUGGAAGCAGCAGUUACAUUCUUCUUGAAAAUUACAAGCGGAUCCUUAGGGAAAUACGUCUAUAUUAAUAUGCACCUAAGGGUAAGAAUCACGGACUUCUAUCUCUGUUUUUCCCAUAAUCUCGCAAAAUAUGAGGUCAAAAAUAAGAUGAUAAAAACUAGAAUAAAACUUUUUUGCAAGUCCCAUUCCCUGCUCCUGCAGAGAAGCAACAAGAAACAUGAAAUGUCAGAUAAAUAUGACAAAGUGUUUCAGAUAGGAAUAAUUAAAAUCCACACAUUGACUACUGAGUGUAGUCAGUGUGUAGCUCUCAGGUUUAUAUGUUACAUUAUAACAAAGUGUGUUAAAAGGGUCUGUGACUUCUAUCCCAUUACUGAAUAUUAA